UCGAUCAUUCGAUUUACCAAAAGUUGAGUGGUGGUAAUUUCCGAGCGGACCCUGAACGCGGCAACAUUAUAUGCCGGUGGUGCCGAUUUGUCAGAAAAGUCGUCCAUCGCCUCAUUACAAGCAAGAGGAAUUAGAGGAAACGAGCAAUGGACGUCCCACACGAAAUAAAUCUGCUGGUGCAGGAGAUUCAGCGACUCGGCAGUAAAAAUGCUGACGGUCAAACCAGCGUGAAAUUUGGGGUGUUGUUUAAUGACGACCGUUGUGCCAAUAUCUUCGAAGCGUUGGUGGGCACCCUGAAGGCUGCCAAGAAGAAGAAGGUGGUCGCCUUCCAGGGCGAGUUGCUUCUUCAGGGCGUCCAUGACAACGUUGAUAUCGUCCUGCUCCAAGAAUGAGAGACACAUACGGACCAGACAGCCUUCCAACAAAUGCGGGUCUCACUGAGUGCAUCAAAUCUCUUUUUGAUACACUUUUAAGACUACAAACACACACAUCAGGAAUGUAAUUAUUUGUGUAACACAUUCAUUUGGGUAUUUUUUUUUUUUGUUCAUUUUUGGGAAAAUGACAGGAUAUGGUAAUUAUCACAACCAAAUGCCUCUCUUGAUGGUAUCGGUGUCAUGAUAACAGACACACAGGACAAGAUACUGGUUAGAUUUAGCAACUUUAACAGGCUUCUUCUUCAAAGGUUUAACUGGAGCACUCUGAUCUUCACAAAAUAGUCUGUGACAGAUACUUGUUUUUAAAGCUGCGUUAGCAAAUUCUCCCUUUAUCAGCCUCAAGUGACAGUGGGAGUUACAGUAACACCUCAUUGCCCAAAAAAUUAUGUAUUGUAAUGAGUAUUUUCUUUACAUAUUAAUCUAGUGCGGCUUUAAAACAGUGUAUUGCGCGUGUCCACCAACAGUGUCUCCAAAUGGCCAUUCCAUUUUUUCGUUUACAUGAGCCAUUUAUACUACCUCUUGUGGACUUUUUAAAAAGACCUUAUUAGACCAGUGCUUUUGGAAAUAUAAGAACAAUUCCUUCAUAGAAACUACAAAGACAAGUGCAAGUGCAUUUUAAGAAAGUGUUUCGCACCUUUUGUACUCAUUGCAGUGUCCAAGAAUAUUUUAUACGUGGUCAAUAGUGAAUUUCUCCGCUAAACGAACUCCAAAACUGGCCUUUUCAUAACAAACGGUUGAUGAGCAAACAACGAAUGUAUUUCUCGUGCAAUUUCUAUUGAUGUAUCAUUACAGGAUGAUUGGUGCCAAAUGCAAAAGAUGAAUUUGUAAUGAUUCUCAGGACCAAAUCAACACAACCAAAAUUGGUUAAGUAACUGUCCUAUGGCUUAAAUUAGGUGUCUUACUUGUGACACAAGAUGUGCAUUUAUAGAUUUAUUAGUUGUUUUUUGUUUGUUUUUGGGGGUUUUUUAAGUACUUUUUCUGUACUGUAGGUCCAAUGAAACUUGCAGAUCAGGUGUGACCACUUUGCCCGGUUCCCCACAAACUCAAAAACUCAUCACUUGCAAAGUUUUAAGCAAAAAUAUCCAAAAAUCCAAAUUAUCAUUGCUCGGUUUGGAGGCCCAAAGUGGUCAAAAUUAAAUAAAUAAAUAAGACAUUAUGAAAUAAUCAUAUGAAUUAACACAGACAAUAUAUGUAAUAAAACAAGAAAUUGUAAAAUAAUCCAAUGUAGUUUUUAACUCAUCUCAGAAAUAUGACAUGUUGUUUUAUCCUGCUUCUUUUCACAGUAACAUUUCAUGUCGUUUUUAUUUAAUUCCAGCAGUUUUUAUUUCAAAAUGUCCCCUGUUUUAAAGGCUAUUUCUAUUUCAAAAUGAUCUUUUUCCAAGUGACCAUUUAAUAUCAGAGUGCCACUUUUCAUUUAGUACAGUAUUUGCCAGUCUCUUAAGACAAAAUGGACAAAAAUAAAAACUGCUGAAAUAAAAUGUAAAAAUAACCUUUAUUUUGAAAAGCAUUUCAUAUUGAGUUUAAAAAUCUAUUGGAUUAUUUCACGUUUCAUAUUUUAUAUAUAUUUGCUACUGUAAUUUAUUGAAUAAUAUCUAAUUUAUUUAUUUAAUUUUGACCAUUUGGGGUUUCCAUGGCUUUGGGAACUGUAACAUAUACAAGAGGGACCAACAAUCAGUGUUUUUCUUGAGUGUUACAUCCACUUGGCAACUGUUGAUCUCAUCGACAUAAUAUCAAACUUUCUUUUCUAUUUCUGAAUACGUACUGGGCCUUGGUCGUGUUACCAGCCACACAUCAGGCAAUUGUUUGCCUCCCGCAGCGAUAAGAGGCAAGUUAGCAACUUGUGAAACGACGCCUGAACGCCUGGUCUGCAAGGUUUCUGAGACCCAUUUCACAUUCACUGCUGUUGUAUCAACCUCGCUAAAUCUUUUGGGUUCAGGUGUUGAUUUUUUUGAUGAAGUUUGACUUGAAAUAUUUUUUCUAAACAGUAUAAGAGACCAUUCACUUGCUUCAUGGUUGCUCUCUAAACGGCGUCCGUUGGAUGGAUGGGACCAAAACAUUUGCCGAAAUCAAGAGAGCGAGCUUACUUGUAACCUAAUUAUGAAUGAAACUGAAACGUAGCCUGGAAAAUAAAAGAUCGGUCACGUGAAAUAUAUACUUCAUGAGUAAACUAAUGGGCUAAGUAGAAGUCCGUAAAAGUUGUGGAAAUAAUGGAGAAAAGCAAGAGAGGGGAAGAAAACGUGCUGCUGGCAUCACUGUCAUUUUGGAUUUUAAGAUCUGUGUGUCUCACUGGUGUGAGUUUCAGAUGGCUUUCCACAAGUUCAAAUUAGAAGUCAGCAUUUAGCAAGAGGAGAAAGUUAAGAUCAGAGCAGUGCCAAUACCUCGAGCCAUUUCUGUGAACUAAUGGGAUGCCUGCAUGAUGUGUUCAAGUGCGUCAUCACUGUCUUUUGUAUUGGCAAUAACAGAUUCCUAAAAGAAUAAAGGUGUCUGUUACUGUUGAAUACACUCCGAAGAAUAAAAACUUUACACUUUAAGCCUUCA